AUGAUCACAAGCACAGUGCUCGAAAAUGAAAACAUAUAUCUUGAAGAUGGCCGCAAACUGGCGUACGCCAUCUACGGCAGUCCAGUGCCCCGCACCACGAUUAUCUACAUGCACGGUUUUCCCUCUUCGCGGUACGAAGGGAAGCUAUGGCACUCGUCCUGCACAAAACAUAUGAUACGCCUAAUCGCCCCAGACCGCCCUGGUGUUGGUAUCUCGACCUUCAAGCCGAAUCGCCGUAUCCUCGACUGGCCGCUCGAUGUCCUGGCGCUCGCCGACCACCUGAAGGUAUCGCAAUUCUACAUAUUGGGUGUUAGCGGAGGAGCGCCAUAUGCGCUGGCAUGCAUCAAAAGGCUGCCGAAAAAGAGGCUGCUAGGCGUGAGUGUCAUUAGUGGCAUGUAUCCUACAAAGCUUGGCACAUCAGGCAUGAUGCUGCAGUCGCGCAUGCUGUUCUGGGUUGCGCCUUGGAUGACAGGCUUAACUUCCUUCAUUUUCGACAACAGCAUGGGCAAAGCUGCAAGAUGCUCGGACCCGCAAGUCUUCGAAGACAUGCUUGAGCAGGAUGUUGAGAGCCGAUACGCUGGCGAUCAAGUUGCUAUGAAGGAUCCAAGGUACUGGCCAACGUUCGUCGCCAUGAUGCGAGAGGCUUUCGCUCAUGGAAGCCGAGGUGCAAGCUGGGAGGCAAGAUUAAAGGGCCGCGAAUGGGGGUUCGAUCUGAGCCAGCUGUAUGUUGGUAGCGAUAUCGGCUGUCCUCUCACACUGUGGCAUGGUACUGAGGAUGAGGAUUGCCCAGCGGUAACGGCGAGGAAGGCCAACGCGCUGAUGCCGGGGUCCAUCUUGCAUGCGCUGGAAGGGGAAGGUCAUGUGAGUUUUAUCUUCAGCAAAGCAGAUGAGAUUCUAGAUGAUCUUAUCGGUGUUGAGGAGGAAGAAGAGUUCAUAAGAGUAUACAGGUAG